AAUCCAUCAGAAGCCUCCCAAAUCCAUCAGAAUGCAUCAGGAGCCUCCCAAAUCCAUCAGAAUCCAUCAGGAGCCUCCCAAAUCCAUCAGAAUCCAUCAGAAGGUCUCCCAGAGCCUCCCAAACCAGAGGGCAGAGGAUGCCCAAGCGCUACAGCUCUGCCAGCUCCAGUGUCUCCAAGCACCAGUGGCAGCUGUGAAAGUGCCGUGUGUCAAACACUGGCUGAGCCCUCACUGCUCAUUUGCCUGAGUUUCAGCUUUUCCCCAGAUGCAAAUGCCGUCAGCUCCGCUCCCACCAGGAGUGCCGCCACUGAGAUGGAGGCCCCGCUCCCUGGUCUCUCCCUGCUGCUUCUCCUCCUGGCAGUGGGAUGGGGAGGCAGGAUGGACGCAGCCUGGGCACCAUCUCCUGGGGGCUGUGAGCUUGUGCAGAGCAUCAUGGACUGCACUGGCAGAUGGCUGAGUUCCAUCCCAGGAAACCUUCGAGGCGACACCGAGGAGCUGUUCCUUGAUAACAACACUAUCCAGGUCCUGAGCAAUGCCUCCCUGCUCCUGUAUCCCCACCUCUGGCAUCUCAGCGUGACCAGGAACCGCCUGGAGCUCAUUGAGCCCGGUGCCUUCCUCAGCAGCCAGGGCCUGGAAGUGCUCUCCUUGACAGACAACCUGCUCUUCACCAACUACUCGCUGACAGCCACUGCUCUUUCUGCUCUGCCAGCCUUGAGGAUGCUGGAUCUGGCUGGAAACCAGCUCAGGGAGGACAUGGUGUCAGUUUUAGUCUCAAACCUCUCUUCCUUGGAGUCCCUGUCUGUGGCCAGGAACAUCAUCAUGAGGUUGGACUCAUCCACCUUCACAAACCUGACAGAGCUGCUGGAGCUGAAUCUGGAGAAGAACUACAUCUUUGAGAUUGACAAUGCCUUUGAAGGGCUGCAGAGGCUGCAGAGGCUCAACUUAGCUUACAACUACCUCCCGUGUCUGGUGGGGUUUGACCUGACCGAGCUCAGGGUGCUCAAUCUCAGCAACAACGUCAUUGAGUGGUUUCUGAGCAUGGAAAUUGAUGACCUCUUUGAGCUGGAGGUGCUGGACCUGUCCCACAACCGCCUGCUGUUCUUCCCUGUGCUGCCCAGGCAGAGCAAGCUGCACUCCUUGCUGCUGCAGGACAACAGGAUGAGCUUCUACCAGCGGCUCCCCAACGGCACCUCCCUGGCCAACGUCACCAUGCAGUUCCUGAUCAUCGAUGGCAACUCCACCAACAUCACCACGGUCAGGCUCUGGGACGAGCUCUGCCACAGCAACCUCUCCUCCCUGCGCCUCCUGGACAUGAGCCAGAACGAGGUCUGGGGCCUGCCAGAUGAUUUCCUGGCCCAGAUGCCCUCCCUGACCCACCUGAAGCUCAACCAGAACUGCCUGGAGGCAUUUCACCUGCCGGAGGAGGACCCCUUGGCCAGGCUGACAGAGCUGGACCUCAGCCAGAACCAGCUGGUGGAGCUGGGGGUGAAGGUGGGCACUGGGGACAUCCUGCCCAGCCUGCAGCUCUUCAACCUCAGCACCAACAGGCUGCAGGCUCUUCCUCCUGGGAUUUUCACCCACACCAGGAAGAUCACUACCCUGGACCUCAGCUACAACCGGGUUGCCCUCUGUCCCCGGCCAGGUGAGGCCCAGAGUCUCUCCUGUGUGGACAUCAGGGGUGUGGAGACCUUGAGCCACCUCUCCCUGGCAGGCUGUGGUCUGCAGGGCAUGGGUGGCCGCCCCUUCCAGGGGACAUCGCUGAUGCACCUGGACCUCUCUGACAACCGCCAGCUGCUCUCCGGGGACCUGGCCUGGCUGCAGGACCUUGUCCUGACGCUGCAGGUGCUGUCUCUGAGGAACACCAGCCUCUCCUCCACCACGGACCUCUCUGCCCUGAGCAGCCUGGUGCGCUUGGACCUUUCUGGGAACUGCCUGGCCGCGUUCCCCGCCUGGCUGGGCGCGCUGAGGCUGCGCAGCCUGGACCUGCGGGACAACUGCCUGCCAGCGCUGCCGCGGGACCUGCCACAGCAGGCGCCGCUGGGCAGGAGCCUGCGGGAGCUCUACCUCAGCCACAACCCCUACAACUGCUGCACGCUGGGCUGGUGGGACGCCCUGCAGCAGGCCCGGGGGCUGCGUGUCCCCGACGGGCAGCAGGUGACCUGCAGGCACGGCCCCAGCGCGCUCAGCCCCGGCGCGCUGCCCCAGCCCGUCCUGCAGAGCUGCCAGUGGCACACGGCCAACAUGGAGCUGCUCUACCUGGUGCUGGCUCUGCCCACCUGCCUGACGCUCCUGGUGGCCUUCGUGGUUGUCUUCCUCAUGCUCAAGGAGAAGCUGCUGAAAAUGGUGAAAAAUCGGUGUGGGGUGUCCAGCCCUUACUGA